GCCCGGGGAGGACGGGGCGGGGCGCAGCCGGCACAGCCGGGAAGUCGGCACCGCCCACGGCGCGGCCGGCCAGGCCCGAGCGAGGCGGCGUGCCGGCUUCCCGCGCCAUGGGGCGGCUGGUGGGGCUGAGUGUGCUGGGGAUGGCGCUGGCGCUGCUGGGCGAGAGGUUCCUGGCGCUCAGAAAUCGACUUAAAGCCUCCAGAGAAGUAGAAUUCCCAGACGUUCCAAACUGCCACCUGAUUAAAGGAAUUGAAGCUGGCGCUGGAGAUAUUGACAUACUUCCCAAUGGUCUGGCUUUCUUUAGUGUGGGUCUAAAAUUUCCAGGACUCCACACCUUUGCACCAUAUAAGCCUGGGGCAAUAUUAAUGAUGGAUCUAAAAGAAGAAAAACCGAGGGCACUGGAAUUAAGAAUCAGCCGUGGGUUUAAUUUGGCUUCAUUUAAUCCACAUGGCAUCAGCACUUUUAUAGACAAUGAUGACACAGUUUAUCUCUUUGUUGUAAACCACCCGGAAUUCAAGAAUACAGUGGAAAUUUUUAAAUUUGAAGAAGAAGAAAAUUCUCUGUUGCAUCUGAAAACAAUCAAACAUGAGCUUCUUCCAAGUGUGAAUGAUAUCACGGCUGUUGGACCGGCACAUUUCUAUGCCACCAAUGACCACUACUUCUCUGAUCCUUUCUUAAAGUAUUUGGAAACAUACUUGAACUUACACUGGUCAAAUGUUGUUUACUACAGUCCAAAUGAAGUUAAAGUGGUAGCAGAGGGAUUUGAUUCAGCAAAUGGAAUCCACAUUUCGCCUGAUAAUAAGUAUAUCUAUGUUGCUGACACAUUGGCUCAUGAAAUUCAUGUUCUGGAAAAACACCCCAAUAUGAAUUUAACUCAACUGAAGGUACUCAAGUUGGAUACACUGGUGGAUAAUUUAUCUAUUGAUCCUUCCUCGGGCGACGUCUGGGUAGGCUGUCAUCCCAACGGUCAGAAGCUCUUCGUGUAUGACCCGAACAAUCCUCCCUUGUCAGAGGUUCUUCGCAUCCAGAACAUUCUAUCUGAGAAGCCUACAGUGACUACAGUUUAUGCCAACAACGGAUCUGUUCUCCAAGGAAGUUCUGUGGCCUCAGUAUAUGACGGGAAGCUGCUUAUAGGCACUUUAUACCACAGAGCCUUGUACUGUGAACUCUAAAUUGUAUUGUGCGUCUGAGAGUGUGAUAACUUCUCUUAAUUGAUUUUCUAUGAAUUGCUAAUUCUGAGGGAAUUUAACCUGCAACGUUGACCCAGAAAUAUGUGGCAUGUAUAGUUAAUUUUAUUUCAGUUAGGAAAGGCCCCUUCAGUUCUCAUAGCACUUUUA